GAAAUGCGGGGAUUUCAUGUGAUUUUAAUAGGGGCACGUUUACAUAUAAGAUAAUCGGUGAUGGCUGAAUUAUAACAUCAACUAAAUCAUGCGUGCGAUCGGUCGUGCCAUUUCUGUAAAUCCCAUUCAGGAGGGACGUGCAGCCCACGCGAAGCAAUGACUUGCGUCAGAUAAAGCGCAGAGCUUCCUUGAUUGCACGCUUACACCAUACGGCUACGGCUUAACUCCAAUCUUUCACCGGUCAAUCCUGUUCCAAACUUCAACUGCUCUCCUUCGAACACCAUCUCUCUCUGCCUCUCUCGAUCGACGAGUCACGGAAAUCGGAAGUGAUGAACGGCUCGAAGCCAUCGUGAAAACUCUCUCUCUCUCUCUCUCUCUCUCUCUCUCCUUCUCCGAUCAGGUUCCCUCCGGUCAGCGAGCACACCGUUCCUGCUCCAUUCGGUUCCGGCGAAACGCAGGCAUGAUGAGAAGACAGCGACCGGACCAGCUGUCCAGCGUCCUCCGCGAGCUCUCCGCCCUGACCUUCAGCCUCCUCCGCUCGCCCCCCGCGCCGGCCCCCUUCUCCGACGACCCUCCCCCGCCGCCGCCGGUCCCGGUCCCCCCUCCGUCGCCGUCGGCGGCCGGGGCGGGGAGGUCUCCGGCGCCGCAGAUGACGCCCGCGGGGUUCGCGUCGCUGAUGCUGGGGCUCUCCCUCGCGCUGAUGCUGUGCGGGUCGGUGACGUUCUUCAUAGGGUUCGUGUUGAUGCCUUGGGUGCUCGGGCUGGUGAUGGUCCUGUACGUGGCCGGGAUCGUGUCCACUCUCUCCGUCUUGGGGCGGUCCGUCCUUUGCUUCGCCACGGCUUCGCCGGCCCGGCGAAAGGACAUGGCUUCAUGGAAGCUGCUGUGAAAAGGAUACCAAUUUAUAAAGAAGAGAGCACCAGUAGGUUAUGGUCACCGAAGACGAAUAGCACCACGUGAUUAUAUUUGAAGGUGCUGCUGCUGCUGCUGGAACAACAAUUGGGAAGUAUCAAAAAGUUCCUUUUUGGAAGUCCCAAAGUUGGAAUGGAUGAGAAGAGGCUAGAGAUGAUAUGUUGAUAUAGCUUAUUAUGUCGGCCGUAAACUGAAAUGGUAUCUUUACUGAAAUAACUCAAAGAUAGUUUAUCAAUAUGAGGAAUCCCACUCUCAGAAAAGCCCUUUCUGAGUUUCCUCAAUUACAUCGUCAUCCUUGUUUA